AUGAAAAUAGUGACCUUAUUCUUAUUUCUAAUACUAACGAUUUUCAAUAGCUCUGUAGCUAUACAGACACCCCACACACCGUGGACACCCCUUACCCUGCUGAAGCCGCCUACCCUGCCCACGCCGCCUACUCCGCCGACGCCGCCACCGCCAACUCCGCCUACGCCGCCAACUCCGCCAACUCCGCCUACGCCGCCAACUCCGCCUACUCCGCCAACUCCGCCUACUCCCGCCUACGCCGCCAACUCCGCCUACCCCUCCUACACCGCCAACGACGCCUACGCCCCACGCACCCCACCGCCCCACGCGCCUCACGCACCCCCCGCACCCCACGCACCCCACGCACCCCACGCCCCCCACGCACCCCACGCACCCCACGCACCCCACGCACCCCACGCACCCCACGCACCCCAUACUCCGUGGAGACCCCGUACCCUGCCUAAGCCACCUACCCUGCCGACGCCGCCUACUCCGCCUACGCCUCCUACGCCCCCUACGCCGCCAACUCCCCCUACGCCGCCUACACCCCCUACGCCGCCUACACCCCCUACGCCGCCUACUCCCCCUACGCCGCCUACUCCCCCUACGCCGCCUACUCCCCCUACGCCGCCUACUAAUGUAAUGGUCCUAUACUUACUCUACGUAUUCUCUGUAGCUAUACAGACACCCCACACACCGUGGACACCCCUUACCCUGCUGAAGCCGCCUACCCUGCCCACGCCGCCUACUCCGCCGACGCCGCCAACUCCGCCUACGCCGCCAACUCCGCCAACUCCGCCUACGCCCCCAACUCCGCCUACUCCGCCAACUCCGCCUACUCCGCCUACGCCGCCAACUCCGCCUACUCCUCCUACACCGCCAACGACGCCUACGCCCCACGCACCCCACGCGCCCCACGCGCCUCACGCACCCCACGCACCCCACGCACCCCACGCCCCCCACGCACCCCACGCCCCCCACGCACCCCACGCACCCCACGCACCCCACGCACCCCACGCACCCCAUGCACCCCAUACUCCGUGGAGACCCCGUACCCUGCCUAAGCCACCUACCCUGCCGACGCCGCCUACUCCGCCUACGCCUCCUACGCCCCCUACGCCGCCAACUCCCCCUACGCCGCCUACACCCCCUACGCCGCCUACACCCCCUACGCCGCCUACACCCCCUACGCCGCCUACUCCCCCUACGCCGCCUACUCCCCCUACGCCGCCUACUCCCCCUACGCCGCCUACUAAUGCUGCCAAGAUCCAUAUUCCCAAUCGCAGCAGUAGUGGAAAUAGCAACCGUGGAGCAGCGACAAUCCAACGGAAGACUAUAAUCAUCCAUUAG